GAUUUCGCAAAAAUUAAUCGAACAGCUUUCCUCACCCUAGCGCAGUUACCGUUUCAUUCGCCCCCUUCCUCUCCGCUUCCCACUCGUCCCCACCUGCUCGUUCUUUUCUUCUCUCGCCUUCUCUCUCCCACCUCCUCUCCGACGAACUCCGCCGCCGCAACCGCAAUCGCCGCCGCAGCUGCAGUCGCGUCGGCCUCCGCGGCGUUUAGGAGGAGCAGGGCGAGUGGCCGAAACCCUAUUGACGAAAUCCCUUCCCUUAUUUUCUUCCUAUUAUAAAUUGGGGAUUUUGGGAGGAAUAAUCAGGAGUGAGGAUGCGGGCUUUUUUAGUUUGCUUUAGUUUGUAAAUAUGGACAAUUCCAUGUUUAAAGGUGCGGCUCGUUUGCAUCCCUUGGGAAGGAAAGGAAAAGAAAAGAACCAUGAGGAUCUAUGAAUUCAAGGCGAUGCUAUAAAUGACUUGAGAUACCCACCAAUUGGUGCUGAUGACCAACACGGCCAUCCAAUUUUACCGACUUUGUGGCAGUGCCCGUUGACAACCAGUCUAUUGAUUAUGUAACAACUGGUAGAGGGGUCUCCUCACUAUUUUGACUCUACACACCUCCCACAGAUCCUCCCCGCCAGCACUUCUUUCUGAAAUGAACGAUUCCAUAAAGCCUUCAUUAAGUUCUACCAAGUCGACUAGGAGACAAUGCUACCAAGUGGACUUUAACUCCUCUCAAGGUCUUAUGACUUAAUUGGUUCAGUUAACAUUUGCACGUGCCUUUCUUCGUUUGCCUUUUGGUUAAAGAAUAAGAAAGAAUUUCAGUGCUACUCCAUUCAGAAAGGUUCUGCAAACUAGCCACUCGACAAAAUGCCCCUGUGAAGAAGCUUAGUCUGCAGGUCUGUCAUCAUUAACUCUUUAACUCAAUUGGCCCAUUUUUUUGAAAAUUUUUUUAAAAAAUGCAUCAGAAGAUCACAUCAGCACUUGUGUACCACAGAAAAUUCCUGUUGACAAGCCCUAGGCAUUUCAGGGCUGCAGUUGAUCAUCAUACAGAAGAAAUCCUAGAUGUACUGCCACCAGAAUGGUAUAGAGCAGGCUAUGCCCGGUUGUUCAGACUGACCCAGAAGUUGAGAAAUGUAGAGCUGAUUGAUGGAAGAUUAAUGAACACCUGUGAUGGUUCAAUCAUCACAGAUGAUCAUAUCAUGACCCAAAUGAAUGCCUUCAAUUCACUUGCUAAGGCCUUCUUCAGAUCUCCUCCUUCGAGGCAUCACUCCAACAAGAAUGGUACUGCUUGCUUUCAAAAGCCAUGUAAAAGGGACUCGGUGACAAUCAACUCUCUUACCAAAGUUUGUGAUUUGCUUAACAUCUCAGCUCAGCAGAGGAGUACUGUGAGAGUAACAUUGUGCCCACAAGUCACACAGCACCAUAUAUGGAGGGGAGCACUUGAGCAGGUACUUAAAGAUCUCAAAUACGAAAUGGAUUCUCGCAACAUCAAGAGUCCAACAUUUCAGAUGGGCGCGCAGAUUGUUUCCACAUGCAUCCAGUUUUUUGACGGUACAAACGAUGUUUCAGCCUCAGACUCUCCUUUAUGGAUGCGGCCAGCACCCAUGAAGAAAGUGGAGAAGCUGCAGCCAUCCCGUAAGUGGGAAGAAGUAGUAGAGAUGUUUGUGGACCUCUCCAAGUGCUUAGCCAAAGAGGAGAGGUUGGCAUAUCAUGUAUCAAAGAUAGAAGCAAUGAAGGAAGGAUUGUACCAGAUUAAGGAUAUCUUGACUGAGAAAGAUAUAACUUAUAAGGAGGCCCGAAGACAAGACUGUCUAGUGCAGAAGAAGCUGUCCAAGAGCUUGGGCCACUCAUCAAAGUGUUUGUUUACUUUGCUUCUUUACUAUCUCUAUGGGUCUGUCCGGGAUAUUGAAGUGGAGGUUUGUGGACCAUUACGGGGUGGCGGUGAUAAGUUUAGUAUGUGUGUUGGGAAGACGUUGACUUGGGAUGAUGAGCGGAUUGUGUUGAAUGGAGUUAGGCAGCUGAGCAGAGCUCUUGGAGUGCUUAAAUUUGUGUGGGAAACAGCACGUGUGAAUGCAGCAUUGGAGCUACAUGGGCAUUUGUGGUGUCUGGAUGCGAGAGAAAGGACUAUUACAUACAGAGGACAUGUAUACAAUGUUCAUGGUCUAUGGCUUUGAUAUAUCCAUACAGCUUGAAUUUUGAACGGGAUGGCAAGCAAUUUGCGUGCUUCCCUUUGGGGUACUUACAGAGCACUUUGGUGAUUCACUUAACAAGCUGGGGAAGGUAUUACUUUUUUAUAUGCAUACAUGGCAAAUGCUCAGAGUUUCUUUAUUAAUAACAGAUAAUUUCUACUUGUAACUUAAUCUUACUCUAUGACAACUAAUAGAAUGACUCAAAUUAUACAAGACAUAUUUGGAAAAUAGAAGUUUGAGGGCUAGGCAUGGUUUUUAAGCUGGUUGCAUGGGGUCAUGCCGAGAACUUGUUAGCACAGUGCCGCACAGUGUGUGUCGUGCUGUGCUGAUGUGUGUCGGUCAUAAAAAUAUCAGAUGAAAUACUAUGGGAUGCAAUAUUUAUUUUCUUUGAUACCAAUAUAUCAAAUUGCUUAUUGCAUUUCUUUAUCAAAUCUUUUGCACUUUAUUGGGAUAAUUAUUUGAUAAAGAGGGUUUUGAGCCGUCCCAUUGGUACGGGAAUUGUUUCGUACUAAUAUCUUGUUAUAUCCUACAUUUCAAAAGGGAAAGAGAAAAGAAGAAAAAGAAGAGCGAGAGAAGGGAGAAACUCAUCAAGAGUUUCACCUGAAAUGUCAGGUUUCGGAUCCCAGAUGUUAGGUUUCGGAACCUUGGCAAUAGAACAGGGUGGAAGUGUUUCGGGUUCUGCAGAACCACAAAGUUGGUUUCGGAACCUUAGUAGUUUCCAGAACCAAUUAUUUAUAACUAGAGCUAUUUGUUGUUACAAAGUAACUUAUUGCUAUCUACAUCCAACCAUUUAACAUUUAACAAUCUAAACCUGGUAAUUCUAUGGAUGGUACUUCGUGUAUGGAAAAUCGUAAACUAAAAAUCAGAUGGUAACCUGGAGACAUGCAAAUGAUUGGUAGGAUUUAUGCUUCCAUAGGGUCUAAAAUUUAAAAACUGUCGGGUCUCCUUAUUGGUUGGUUCUAUCAAUUCCAAAACCAAGUUGAAGUAGCUCAUAAGUACGUCACUGCAUGUUGUUUUUGUUGUUUCACAUUUACAUAAAAUGUUGCUUGAUGCUAGUGUUUUUGUAUGUUCGUUAAUCCUUGUUGAGCAACAUGUAGCUAAUGCAGUCAUAAGCAUGCUCUUGGUAGGACCAUAACUGUUACAGGGGAUAAGAGUGGUGUAAGAAGGGUGGAGAGGGGAGAUCAGAGAGGGGAGAUCAAUUGUUUGUUGAGGAAGAAGCUGUUACACACUUGUUGGUUGAAUGCGGGAAUCCAAGCGGAAAAUAAAAUUUGUAAGGCGCACCUCACAGGUGAGAUGGGUAUAAUUGCCAUCCCUGUUGGUUUAUGAUUUGAACCAAUGGGCUAAUCAAGUACAAUGAUCCUCAUGUUGCAAGGGUUUAUGGGAUCCCUGAUAUACCUACAGCAUUUGUGAUUAUGCUGUCCAAAAGUCCAGCUAGUGAGAGGAAAACUUGGAAUGGGAGAAUUAAAAUCAAUUCGUAAUCAAAUUGUGGAUUACUUACGCUCAGCCAAUCUUUGGAUGAUUUAUGUUAUGCUUUUCUUGGAUGUCUUAUUCUGCCUAUCUCUGU